AUGUCCCGCAUCCCUCAGACAUCGACGCGUCGAUCUCAGGCUCGCCCUGCAGUCAAAACAACGCUGACUGCAACCACUUCACACUCCCGUGCAUCCUCCCCUUCCAAACCGCCAACUAGUGGUACAAGCUCUCCAGCCCCGACACCUCGCGUGCGAACUAAGUCGAUCCCUAAAUCUCCUUCGAAGUCGAUUCGUCGAGCGUCUCCUGAAGAAGAAAUCCCAGUACCAAAGGCACCCGCCCUUAGCAUCAAGGAGGCUAUUGCACUUAAGCGCGCGGAAGCAAAGAAGGCGGCAGUAAAAAGUAUUUCCAGCAGCGCGAACUUGAACCCCUUCGAAGAUCUUGCGGACGCCAUUCCUGAGCCCCUUUCGGCUCAGAAACAGGAGGACGAUGCUCUUGAGCUCGGCCGCUGGUCCGUCAAGGAGACCAUAGAACGCGCUCGCAGUACAGGUUCUCUGAACCUCGCCUCACGUUCCUUACCGUGUCUCCCGUCUGCACUAUUUGAGAUUCAUCUAGGAAUUACACCGGACCCACUCAAGUCGGUUGUCCAAGAGCCCCCGAUCACCUCUGCCGAGUCCUCAAGCAAGCGCCCCACGCAGCAUGGUGGUCCGGCCUGGUUCGAAGCACAGGACUUGCAAGUGCUGAAAGCGUGGUGCAAUGUGAUUGUCGAGAUCCAACACGAGAUAUCCCUUUUCGGAUCCUUGAAAGUCGUCGACUUGCAUCAAAACAAGAUAUCAAGUCUACCUGACACGUUCGCCGAUUUGACAGCCUUAACUACACUAGAUCUCUCCCAUAACUCGUUAACGUCGCUUCCCCAUAAUAUCUGGACACUACCCACCCUUUCUCACUUAAACCUGUCGCAUAAUGCUCUGACUUCCCUGCCUUUUGGCGAACCUUUUGGAGAUGGUACUUCUCGUUCUGUGAAGGGCGGCGACACAUGGAGCUCGGGAGGUUUCUUCGGACCUGGAACGCAGAGUCCUGCCUCCCUCCUGCGCACGCUAGGGUCGCUCAAGCAACUAAAGGAGUUGAGGUUUUCGUACGCCGCCAUAACAGAUGAUGCUUUUCCUCCCUCUCUAACCGGCGGGGAUGAGAUCCAAGUAUUCCCUGCGUUGGGUAUACUGGACUUAGAGGAAACCCAAGCGACUGCCGGUGCUGUACAGCAAGCCCUUUCUGGACUUAAGCAGACCUUCCUGUUUGACUUUACGAAGGACAAGCCACCUGAGGGCACCCUUAUGGUUGCUGUGGGUAAGAAGGUGGUCAAGGAACCUUGGGAGGUCGAGGCAGAGAGGCGGGCGAGACAUAGGAGUGGGAGAUCUCAGGCUUCCCACUGGACUGACAGCCUGCCCGAGGAGACCCAAUCACCACAGGAACACGUGAAAGAUGCCCAGGAGACCGAACAAGGGGCAGAUUUAUUCGCGGAGGGUAGACGCCGACCUACCAGGACAGCGCGCCCAGCGUUCUCGGAGAAUACCACCUCCCAGCCAGAACAGAAAGGUGACUCGCUGGCCAGCUCCCAGUGUUCUUCUGCUUCAAGCUCCAGCACCUUCCAAUCUUCGAUUGUCAACCUCAGCAACAUGCAGUACUUCAACGGUGCAACGCAGACCCUGACCCUUCCUCCUCUGGCCCCUCCGACAAGAUCUCACACACGUUCGUUCUCUCUGGCCGCUUCUACAUCGGGUCCGUCACUAUCUAAGGGAAAGAUCGACAUCGCUCUGCCGACGGCUACCCUUCCACUAGCACUCAUCUCAUCUCAACCGUUCGCACACACCUUGCAGAUUCUCGUGUUGAGCAGCAGGAAGUUGGACUUGAGCGUUGCCCUACCAUCUCUCACCAGUGAAUCGAGUGUCCCAUUACUACCUGCCCUGGAGGAACUCGUACUCGAUGGCUGUGGUCUCGGUGACACAGUUGCGGUGGCGCGCCAAGGAGAAGGGUGCCUUUCGACACCGCCGAAGUCAACGGAGGCACUAUUGCCCUUGCUCACGAGGUUAUUUCCAGGCCUAGGGACUCUUGAUCUGACAUACAACUUCCUCACGUCCUCAGCCCUCCGGAAGGAUGUGCUCGCAGGGCUGAUCAUGGCAUCUACCCAAGAUACGCCUGCUCGUAAGGGCUUGAGACACCUGCGUUUAAGGGGAAACCGCAUCACAGAUCUUGAUGGAUUCCAGGAACUCGCGGAAGUUUUCAAAGGUCAUCGUGUGUUGUCUGAUUGGAAACUCGAGGAACUCGACUUGAGGGAUAAUGAGAUUUCCAAACUACCGCCGGAACUAGGGCUAUUGCCGUUAGACGUAUUCCUGGUUGAUGGGAACGUUUUCAGGAUUCCGCAAAGGAAAGUGUGGGAGCGUGAAGGGACGAAGGGAUUGUUGAGCUGGUUACGUGGGCGAUUGGAUUGA